GGCAAAUAUGGAGAAAUAUAUAAGCAGCAAACGAUCAACUAAAUACACGAAGAAUACGAUAUUGUUAGUAACAUCGAAUUCGCCAAAAUGUUGUCCUCUUUUGUUCUUGCAGCCGUUGCCCUCAUCCCAGGGGUCUUCUCGGCACCCUCAGGAUUCCUCCCUCAACUGGGUGAUCUUUUACAUGGUGAAAAGAGCAAUGCCAUCCAAGCCCGCCAAGGCGGCUACUUUUGGUCUUCUUGGUCCGAGGGUGGUGGAACUUUCCGAUGCAACAACGGUGCUGGCAGCACGUAUAGUGUGACAUGGCAGACGAGCGGUGGCUCAAGCGGCUUUGUAUGUGGAAAGGGAUGGAGCCCAGGUGGAAACAGAGCUGUCAACUACGAGGGAACCUACAACACCACGGGCCCUGGUUACCUAUCUGUGUAUGGCUGGACUAGGAAUCCGCUCAUCGAAUAUUAUAUUGUGGAUGCGCAUGGGGAUCUGCUACCCAAUGAACCAUGGACUGAGAAGGGUAACUUCACAUUCGAUGAGGGUACCUACACUAUUUACACGAGCACUCGUGUAAAUAAACCUUCAAUCAUCGGGACGACAACCUUUCAGCAGUAUUGGUCUGUUCGCACUGAACAGAGAGUUGGAGGGACAAUUACUACAGGAAAGCAUUUCGAAGAAUGGGCAAAUCUUGGUUUAAACCUAGGAGGUCAUGACUAUAUGAUUCUUGCCACCGAAGGCUAUACUAGCGGGUCGACCACAAGUAAUGGAACCUCCUCUUUUACAUUGGCGUAGAGGAAAUGGUACAAAAUAGGGGUUUAUUGCCUUAUCAUUGUGCUUUUGCGACCUGUUCUUCAAAUUGAUAAUGUUCUUUCGCUUGAUGCUAUAUCCUAGGCACGAAUAUGUACCAAGAUACCUAGUUUAACCCAACUCGAUAUCAACCUAAAGUGUCGUCUUGCUCAGAAGAUACCUAGUUGUGCCAUGUGGGCCUGGUCUAAGUUUGGAGGUCCUUUCGUCAGGAUUAAAAGGGCCAUAUUUAUCAAUAAGAUGGCACAUAUACGAAUAAAUUUGUAUGUCA